AUGUCGGGUAGCGAAAUGCAACUCGCAGAAAUCCUCAGCGAUCUCGUGAGCUUGCGACCGGGCGUUUGUGACCCCACAGCAGCACUCUCCCUCGUCUCCCUGCGCGCCUCACCAGCACCGACGAACACCGCACCGGCAAACCAGCCGCUCGAUGUCCAAGACGGAGACAAAGACGAUGCAGAUCUGCAGCGCGCACGGGACCUCGUCACUCUGCACUACGAGGUGCGCGUGCGCUGUAAGACGGGGGAGUUGGGCCGUGGGCUGGAGGGGGCGCGGAGAGACGUCGAGCGCGCUUUGAGCGGGUGA